GCGGCCGGGGUCAGAGAACCGCGUACCCUGCCAUGUUCUCCUUGGCGCUGCGGGCCAGGGCGUCCGGCCUCACCGCUCAGUGGGUAAGAGGCUCGGGGUGAACCUGAGUACUGUCUCCACAGUCUCCUGCUCUUCGUGCCUCCCUUAGCUUUGGUACCGGGAGCCCCCAGGGGCCUGGACAGGUCAGCUGGCGGCGGCAGGGACGCCGCGGCCUUCGUCCUCGGUGCCUCCGGGAUGCACCGCAGCUGCGGUGGCUGCGGGUUGAGGGCCGCCCACACAGGCCCGGGAAAGUCACCCCUAACUUAGUCAAGGUCAGGAAGACGGUUGUCAUUCGUCCUGGCGCGGAACGUAGUGAAGCCCUGGCGGCCCGCUACUUCCAGGAUCCCGGCCACGAAGAAAGGGGCUUCUUGUCUGUCAGGUUUAGCGACAACGCUGCAGCAGAGUUAAAAGCAUUCCGGAGAAAACGCUGAUAAUGCUUGGUGAAGGCUUGCUGAGUUCCUUUAGGCCUAGAUAAAGGUGACCAGCGUUUCAUUUACUGAAGUUGUUCAUUCAUUAUAGGAAAUGCUCGGCAGAAAAUCGUAGGAAUUAACCGUGAAAGAAUAGUAGCACGAGUAACUGCACUGACUAAAGAGCCCUAGUUUUCUGUUCAUUUGAGUGUCAUGUACAUCUCAAAUAGGCAAAAGGAAUUGAAUUGAAGUUGAAACACUGAAGCGAACCUAAAAUGCAGAUUCCAGGGCCUGCGAGAUAGCUCGGUGUGGAAAGGCGCUGGCCUCCAGGGAAGACAUGCAAGGAAUUUGCAUAAGACAGCAGUGCAAAAUGGUGCUGGAGGAGCCUUAUUUGUGCAUAGAGAUACUCCUGAGAAUAACCCAGAUACUCCAUUUGAUUUUACACCAGAAAAUUAUAAGAGGAUAGAGGCAAUAGUAAAAAACUACCCAGAAGGACAUAAAGCAGCAGCUGUACUUCCAGUCCUGGAUCUAGCCCAAAGGCAGAAUGGAUGGCUACCUAUCUCAGCUAUGAACAAGGUGGCAGAAGUUUUACAAGUACCUCCAAUGAGAGUAUAUGAAGUAGCAACUUUUUAUACAAUGUAUAAUCGAAAGCCAGUUGGGAAGUACCAUAUUCAGGUCUGCACUACUACACCUUGCAUGCUUCGAGAUUCUGACAGCAUAUUGGAGACCCUUCAGAGAAAGCUUGGAAUAAAGGUUGGAGAGACUACACCCGACAAACUUUUCACUCUUAUAGAAGUGGAAUGUUUAGGGGCCUGUGUAAAUGCACCAAUGGUUCAAAUAAACGACAACUACUAUGAGGAUCUGACACCCAAGGAUAUCGAAGAGAUUAUUGAUGAACUCAGGGCUGGGAAAGUUCCAAAACCAGGGCCAAGGAGUGGCCGCUUCUGUUGUGAGCCAGCAGGAGGCCUUACUUCUUUGACUGAACCACCCAAAGGACCUGGCUUUGGUGUGCAAGCAGGCCUUUAACUUAUAUUCAACUGUAAAAGUGUCACUGGAGAAAUAAAAUAUGAACUUACAUACAU